AACGUACUGACAAUGUCCUCUUUUAAGUAUAAGCCCAAGCAAGCUUUAGGUUUCAGGGUCCCCGACUUGAUCUCCAACUGGAACACCUGACAGCUGUUUUUCUCAUCUGCUUUCCAAGAGCCAAACAAGGCCAUUGAUCAUCAAACGACUAAACUGAGAAUGUUCAAAAGGAUGUGUACAAAAACUGCAUCCAUGAAUACACAAACGACUGUAGCUGUUGAGACCGCUGGCCUCUCACCCAAUUCAACAAGUGACGGAGAUGACGGGUCUCUCAACUGCAGCGUGACCAAUGAAGGAUUUGUCGUUCCUUGCAUGAACUCCUCUGAUGUCCAAGCUUGCUUUGAAAUGUUUGAUUCACAACCUGGUCCACUUUUGUUCACAAAUGGAGAGAUUGUCAGACUGGCUGAGAUCACAAACCGGAGACCAUUCCAGUUAAGAAGAGAGGCAGUAUGCUGGAUCAAGCUAAAACGAGGAAACACAAUCAAGUCCUGCUAUGGUGUCUACUUAGGGAAUGAUUACAUCUUGACUGCCCUUCAUACAUUUAAGUAUGCUUGUCUAUAUGACGUUUAUGUUUUCUUCCCCACCACAGACUUUGUUCUGGUUUAUGAGGCAGAACUUCCCAAAGAGCAUCAUAAGUUUCAUGACAGAGACCAGUGCCUUGUUCAGUUACUCGGGCAAACAGAUGUUUUAGGCAAAGGUUUAGAUGACCGCAUUUGUGCGCCCCGUAAGAACGAGGAUUUAUAUUUCUACACAAUUGAUAGCCAGGGGAAUCUCCAAAUGCAUAAAUGCAAAGAUGUCACUCAUUCUUCUACCAUGAGUGAGAAAAGCCAAAGAAAUGAGUUUGUGAUGUCCACGGCAGGUCAGCCGGGUGAAAGUGGCAAUCCCGUUUUCAGUUUGAGAUCCAAAAAAUGUGUUGGAAUAUACAGAGGUAUCACAAAAUCUAAGAAAGGAUGUGCAUCAAAAAUAGAUUACAAACAGCUGAUAGAAUAUACAACAUCUGGAAGAACACAUCUGUGCUGUUUGAACUUGCUCUACAGGAUCUUGUCCAAUCUGAAGACUGGAUAUUUCUAUUGGCUGGUUGUGAGCAAUCAGACCUCUGCUGAUGAGUGAAGAAUAAGCUAAAUCUCUGCAAUCUGUGAGUGGAAGGUGGGAGAGCCCUUUCCAUGGGGACUGGAAUUAUUAGUUUCCGACAUGAUGGGGUGAAGAGACAAUUGUAACCUGUCACAGAAGCAUGUGUCAGCACUCUCACCUUCUGUAGCGGCCUCACUCAGACCAGGCGAGGAGCGUUGGCCAUUUACAUAACAUUUUCUUCAAUCGACUACAUCUCUGACUCCUGGUCUUCAUUCAUUACUGGAUCUUAACUGUAAAUCCCCUACAAAGUUUUUAUGUGUAUAAAAUUAUGUGUGAAUAUUCCCAAACAUUUUGACAUUCUCUGUAUUGUAUAGAUGAUUUUUUAUUUAUUA